UGAAAGUCACACAAAGUCACAACCAUACCCAAGUGAGAAACAAGACAAGAAAACAACUACAGAGGUUAAAAAAAAGCGGAAAAACAAAAACUACCAAACCCAACAACAUUAUUAAUUUUUCUGCUGCGAAGAAUUAGGGUUUUCAAUCUUCUUCUUCGUUUCACUUCUCGGAUUAUUUUUUGAAGAGUUGAUUUGGAUUCAGUCACUGGGUGCAUAGCCUCUAUGUACAAGCAUGGUAUGCACCAUAACCUUUUCCACCUCUAUUCUUUGUUAAAGUCGUUGGUAGAAAAAUUUCAUCUACCCUCCAGGCCUCAAGGAACACAGGAGGAAAGUGAUUCUCUAUUAAGUUAAUAUAAAAUAUAAUUAGUUCUUUAAUUGAUAUUCAGGACUUUUAGCGAAUUAUUGCUUGAUUAACCAAGUUGGAUGCGGGCUUAAGAGGCUUAUAGAAAAUCUUUAGCUUUACUACCAUUUGUUAAUUCUGAUGGACGACCGUGAAAAUGGAAGGCACAAAGCAGAUCAAUAUAAAUCUGCUCAAGGACAGUGGUUGAUGCAACAACAUCAGCAUCAACAUCCUUCCAUGAAGCAGAUUAUGUCAAUCAUGGCCGAACGAGAUGCAGCCAUUCAAGAAAGAAAUCUGGCCCUCUCUGAGAAAAAAGCAGCACUUGCAGAACGUGACAUGGCAUUCCUGCAGCGAGAUACUGCAAUUGCGGAACGGAAUAAUGCACUUAUGGAAAGAGAUAAUGCAAUAGCAACCCUUCAGUUUCGAGAAAAUGCUUUGGCCAAUGGUGGUAUGUCAUCAUGCCCUCCAGGAUGUCAAAUCUCACGGGGAGUUAAGCAUAUACAUCACCUUCCGCAACAGGUAAACCAUUUGCCUAAUAUGGGUGAUUCUUCUUACGGCACACGUGAAUUGCACACAACUGAUGCCCUCCCAGCAGCCCCCGUUUCUUUAGAGGUUGGGAAACCACCUAGGCGUGCCAAACGACCAAAGGAAAGCAAGUCUGAUUCACCUAACAAGAAGACUCCAAAAUCUAGAAAAGUCAAGAAAGAGGGUGACGAUUUAAACAAGACAAUGUUUGCCAACAACAAAGAACUUGAAUGGAAGAGUAGUGAGGAAAUUAUAAAUGGAGAUGAUGAUCUUAACAAGCAGUUAGCAAUCUCAAAGGCUGAUUGGAAACCUCAGGACUUGGCAUUGAACCAAGUUGCAUACGAUGAUUCAACCAUGCCAGCACCAGCAUGCUCUUGUACUGGUGUUCUAAGACAGUGCUACAAAUGGGGUAAUGGAGGUUGGCAAUCUGCUUGCUGUACAACCACUUUAUCGGUAUAUCCACUUCCUGCAGUGCCAAACAAAAGGCAUGCUCGAGUAGGCGGUAGAAAAAUGAGUGGAAGUGCUUUCAAUAAACUACUUAGCCGGCUUGCAGCCGAAGGGCAUGAUCUCUCACACCCAGUUGACCUUAAAGACCAUUGGGCCAAACAUGGUACAAAUCGAUACAUCACAAUAAAGUAGACAACAGGGCAUUUUUCUCCGGAUGGGCAAUACAUGAUCAAUGGUCAGUUAUGUAUUCUAAAGUUGAACAAGGAGGAAAAUAAGGUAAUGUAAAUGGCAUCUGUGAAAGAUUAUUAAUGCGUCAUUCCUAUAAUUAGGAUCCAAGUAAAUGGCAAUGUAAAACAUAUUUCUGUCACUGGUAACCAUUUUGACCUGAAAAAAUGGUCUGUGGUGGUGGCAAUCACAUUUAAUAGGCUUGGUUAAUGCAUCUUGUGGUGGUUAAGACUAAAUAAUUGUAGAGCCUUGUACUUUGGUUGAAUCUUGCUAUAAAAUGAACUAUCUGAUUCAUAUGUAGAAUUGAUACAUGUAUGUACAUUUUCUUC